AUGUUGAAUGCCCUGGCUGAAGAAGAGGACAACUUGCACCAUGCCUUCGCAAAAGCACUCACCUUGGUGCACUCGCAUCUGCCAACCACGUGGCUGACGACUGGUGCCAAGCGGGCCGAAGAGAAUGCCGAUCCCUUGAAGGCCUUAGACCAGAAGUACCAUUUCAGUUCUCAGAGUGUGUUCUCGCUCUGCUGCGGACGGACGAUGGAAAGGGAGGUGUUGGAUGCCCCAGGUGGGCGAGACUUCAUGAUUCAACUGGCCCAGCAGAGCCUAGACUCCUUGAGAGCAACAGUGAUGCAGGAGGAUCAGGAGGAGGACUUGCCUCGGGUCUUCUUCCCAUACCUCUCCUGGACCAAGGUGGACUUGCCACUCUUCAGACAACACAUCUUUCAGACCCUUGGGCAUGGUCAAGCGGAGCAACACCAAUUUUCACAUCAUGCAAGGCUACAUCAAGUCGGAUGUUGA